AUGGCUCUGAAUCUCUGGCCCCUGCUGCUGCUAUUACUUCUGAUCUUUCUCCUUAUAGUGACUCUGGCCCCUACAGGGCCUCAGUCUUUGGAUGCUGGUCUCUCCUUCCUGAAGUCAUUCAUCUCCACUCUGGACCAAGCUCCGCAGCAUUCCCUCAGCCGGGCACAGUUCUCUGCAUUCCUGGCCAACAUUUCUUCCUUUGAGCUUGGGAGGAUGGGGGAGGGACCAGUAGGAGAGCCCCCACCUCUCCAGCCCCCGGCCCUCCGGCUUCACGAUUUCCUAGUAACACUGAGAGGAAGCCCGGACUGGGAGCCAAUGCUAGGGCUUCUGGGGGAUGUGCUGGCACUGCUGGGACAGGAGCAGACUCCCCGGGACUUUUUGGUGCACCAGGCAGGUGUUCUGGGUGGACUUGUGGAGGUACUGCUAGGAGCUCUAGUUCCUGGGGGUCCUCCUUCCCCCACACGGCCCCCAUGCACCCGUGAUGGGCCCUCUGACUGUGUCCUGACUGCUGAUUGGCUGCCUUCUCUGCUAUUGUUGUUAGAGGGCACACGCUGGCAGGCCCUGGUGCAGUUGCAGUCCAGUGUGGAUCCCACCAAUGUCACAGGUCUUGAUGGGAGAGAGACAGCUCCUCACUUUUUACAGGGUCUUUUGGGCUUGCUUACCCCAACAGGGGAGCUGGGUUCUGAGGAGGCUCUUUGGGGCGGUCUGCUACGCACAGUGGGGGCCCCCCUCUAUGCUGCCUUACAGGAGGGGCUGCUUCGUGUCACUCACUCCCUGCAGGAUGAGGUCUUUUCCAUUCUGGGCCAACCAGAGCCUGAUACCAAUGGGCAGUGUCAGGGAGGUAACCUUCAACAGCUGCUCUUAUGGGGCAUUCGGCAUAACCUUUCCUGGGAUGUCCAGGCGCUGGGUUUUCUGUCUGGAUCGCCACCUCCACCCCCUGCCCUCUUGCACUGCCUGAGCACAGGAGUGCCUCUGCCCAGGGCUUCCCAGACUUCAGUUCACAUCAGUCCUCGACAUCGGAGAGCCAUCUCUGUGGAGGCCCUCUGCCAGAACCACUCAGGCCCAGCACCACCCUACAGCAUUUCCAACUUCUCUAUCCACUUGCUCUGCCAGCUUACCAAGCCUGCCACCCCACAGCCCCUUCCCAGCACUGCUGCUAUCUGCCAGACAGCUGUGUGGUAUGCAGUCUCAUGGGCAUCAGGUGCCCAAAGUUGGCUCCAGGCCUGCCAUGAUCAAUUUCCUGAUCAGUUUCUGGAUGCAGUCUGCAGCAAUCUCUCAUUUUCAGCCCUGUCGGGCCCCAAUCGCCGCCUGGUAAAGAGGCUUUGUGCCGGCCUGCUCCCGCCCCCCACCAACUGUCCUGAAGGGCUGGUCCCUGUGCCUCUCACCCCAGAGAUCUUUUGGGGUUGCUUCUUGGAGAAUGAGACAUUGUGGGCUGAGCGGCUAUGUGUGGAGGAGAGUCUGCAGGCUGUGCCCCCCCGAAACCAGGCUUGGAUUCAGCAUGUAUGCCAGGGCCCUACCUUGGAUGCCACUGCCUUCCCACCUUGCCAUGUUGGACCCUGUGGGGAACGCUGUCCAGAUGGGGGGAGCUUCCUGCUCAUGGUCUGUGCCAAUGAUACCAUGUAUGAGGCCCUGGUUCCCUUCUGGGCUUGGUUAGCAGGCCAGUGCAGGAUAAGUCGUGGAGGCAAUGACACUUGCUUUCUAGAAGGCAUGCUGGGCCCCCUUCUGCCUUCUCUGCCACCUUUGGGACCAUCCCCACUCUGCCUGGCCCCUGGCCCCUUUCUGCUUGGCAUGCUAUCCCAAUUGCCACGCUGUCAGUCCUCUGUGCCAGCUCUUGCCCACCCCACACGCCUGCAUUAUCUCCUGCGUCUACUGACCUUCCUUCUGGGUCCAGGGGCUGGAGGGGAUGAGACCCAAGGGAUGUUGGGUCAAGCCCUGCUACUCUCCAGUCUCCCAGACAAUUGUUCAUUCUGGGAUGCUUUCCGCCCAGAGGGCCGUCACAGUGUACUGCGGACAGUAGGGGAGUACCUGCAGCAGGAACAGCCAACCCCACCAGGCUUCGAGUCCACUGUCAGCCUCAGCUCUGGUAUGAGCAAGAUGGAGCUGCUGUCCUGCUUCAGUCCUGUAUUAUGGGAUCUACUUCAGAGAGAGAAGAGUGUUUGGGCCCUGAAGAUCUUAGUACAGGCAUACCUACACAUGCCUCCAGAAGAUCUUCAGCAAUUGGUGCUUUCAGCAGAGAUGGAGGCUGCACAGGGCUUCCUGACACUUAUGCAUCGUUCCUGGGCCCAGCUUCAGGUACCACCAUCUGAAGAACAGGCCAUGGGUCGCCUAACAGCCCUGCUGCUCCAGCGGUACCCACGCCUCACCUCCCAGCUCUUCAUUGAUCUGUCACCACUCAUCCCUUUCUUGGCUGUCUCUGAUCUGAUGCGCUUCCCAGCAUCUCUUUUGGCCAAUGACAGCGUUCUGGCUGCCAUCCGGGAUCACAGCUCAGGAAUGAAACCUGAACAGAAGGAGGCCCUUGCAAAACGACUGUUGGCCCCUGAGCUCUUUGGAGAAGUGCCUGAUUGGCCCCAGGAGCGGCUGUGGGCAGUGCUACCCCUGCUCCCCCAUCUUCCUCUGGAGAAUUUUCUGCAGCUCAGCCCUCACCAGAUCCAAGCCCUGGAGGAUAGUUGGCCAGUGGCAGGUCUUGGGCCAGGGCAUGCCCGACAUGUGCUGCGUAGCCUGGUGAACCAAAGUGUCGAGGAUGGCGAAGAGCAGGUGCGCAGGCUUGGGUCCCUCGCAUGUUUCCUGAGUCCUGAAGAGCUACAAAGCCUGGUGCCUUUAAGUGAUCCAAUGGGACCUGUAGAACAGGGGCUGCUGGAAUGUGCAGCCAAUGGGACCCUCAGUCCAGAAGGACGGGUGGCAUAUGAACUUCUGGGGGUGCUGCGCUCAUCUGGAGGAGCUGUCUUAAGCCCCCGAGAGCUACGGGUCUGGGCUCCUCUCUUUCCUCAGCUUGGCCUCCGCUUCCUGCAGGAGCUGUCAGAGACCCAGCUCAGAGCCAUGCUUCCUGCCCUACAGGGAGCCAGUGUCACACCUGCCCAGGCUGUUCUGCUGCUUGGAAGGCUCCUCCCUAGGCAUGAUCUGUCCCUGGAGGAACUCUGCUCCUUGCAUCCUCUCCUGCCAGGUCUCAGCCCCCACACACUCCAGGCCAUUCCUAAACGAGUUCUGGUUGGGGCUUGUUCCUGCCUGGCCCCUGAAUUGUCACGGCUAUCAGCUUGCCAGACGGCUGCACUGCUGCAGGCCUUUCGGGUGAAAGAUGGCAUUAAAAAUAUGGGUACAACAGGCGCUGGUGCAGCUGUGUGCAUUCCUGGUCAGCCCAUCCCCACCACUUGGCCAGACUGCCUGCUUCCCCUGCUCCCAUUAAAGCUACUACAGCUGGACACUGCAGUUCUUCUGGCAAACCGAAGGCGCUAUCGGCAGCUGCCUUGGUCUGAGCAGCAGGCACAGUUUCUCUGGAAGAAGAUGCAGAUGCCUACCAAUGUGACCCUCAGGAAUCUGCAGGCUCUGGGCAACCUGGCAGGGGGAAUGUCCUGUGAGUUUCUGCAGCAGAUCAACUCAAUGGUAGACUUCCUUGAUGUGGUACACAUGCUCUACCAACUGCCCACUGGUGUUCGAGGGAGCCUGAGGGCCUGUAUCUGGGCAGAGCUACAGAGGAGGAUGGCAAUGCCAGAGCCAGAGCUGACCACCCUAGGUCCAGAACUGAGUGAGCUUGACACAAAGCUACUUCUGGACUUACCGAUCCAGCUGAUGGAUAGAUUAUCCAAUGAUUCCAUCAUGUUGGUAGUGGAGUUGAUACAGAGUGCUCCAGAGCAGCUACUGGCACUGACCCCAUUCCACCAGGAAGCCCUGGCAGAGAAGGCACUAAAAAACCUGGUUCCAAAGGAGACCCCAAUCUCAGAAGAAGCCCUGGAGACAUUGGGCCCCUUGGUUGGAUUCCUGGGAACAGAGAGCACACGGCGGAUCCCUUUAUCGAUUCUGCUGUCCCAUCUCAGUCAGCUGCAGGGCUUCUGCCUAGGAGAGAUGUUUGCCACAGAGCUUGGAUGGCUGCUAUUGCAGGAACCUGUUCUUGGGAAACCAGAGUUGUGGAGCCAGGAUGAAGUAGAACAAGCUGGACGCCUAGUAUUCACUCUGUCUACUGAGGCUAUUUCCUUGAUCCCCAGGGAGGCUUUGGGCCCAGAGACCCUGGAGCGGCUUCUAGAAAAGCAGCAGAGCUGGGAGCAGAGUAGAGUCGGACAUCUGUGUGUUGGUCCACAGCUUGCUCACAAGAAAGCAGCUCUGGUGGCUGGGAUUGUACGUCCAGCUGCUGAGGGUCUCCCAGAGCCUGUCCCAAACUGUGCAGACAUACGGGGGACCUUCCCAGCAGCCUGGUCUGCAACACAGAUUGCAGAGAUGGAACUUUCAGACUUUGAAGACUGCCUGGCACUAUUUGCAGGAGACCCGGGACUUGGGCCUGAGGAACUACGGGCAGCCAUGGGCAAAGCAAAGCAGUUGUGGGGUCCCCCCCAAGGAUUCCGUCCUGAGCAGAUCCUGCAGCUGGGCCGGCUCUUAAUAGGUCUAGGAGAGCAGGAGCUACAGGAGCUGAUCCUGGUAGACUGGGGAGUGCUGAGCACCCUAGGGCAAAUAGAUGGCUGGAGCUCUGUCCAGCUCCGAGUUGUGGUCUCCAGUUUUCUACAGCAGAGUGGUCGGCAUGUGAGCCACUUGGACUUCAUUCACCUGACAGCACUGGGUUACACACUUUGUGGACUGCGGCCAGAGGAGUUACAGCAUAUCAGCAGUUGGGAGUUUAGCCAAGCAGCUCUCUUUCUGGGUAACCUGCAUCUCCCAUGCUCUGAGGAACAGCUGGAGGUUCUGGCCUACCUACUUGUUCUGCCUGGUGGCUUUGGCCCAGUCAGCAACUGGGGACCUGAGAUCUUCACUGAAAUUGGCACAAUAGCAGCUGGAAUCCCAGACUUGGCUCUUUCAGCAUUACUGCAGGGACAGAUCCAGGGCCUAACUCCUCUUGCCAUUUCUGUCAUCCCUGCUCCUAAGUUUGCAGUGGUUUUCAACCCCAUCCAGCUAUCUAGUUUCACUAGUGUUCAGGCUGUAGCGGUCACUCCUGAGCAAAUGGCCUUUCUGAGUCCUGAGCAGCGAAGAGCAGUUGCCUGGGCCCAGCACGAAGGGAGGGAGAUUCCAGAACAGCAGGGUCGAAGCUCAGCCUGGGGUCUCUAUGACUGGUUCCAGUCCUCCUGGUCUCUGGCACUGACCAUCAGCUUUAUUGAUCACCUGUUAUGAUAAUGUCCUUUC